GAUCGGAAAAUUGCUUGCUUGCAGGUGGCUUUCGAUUGAUGCUUUGCCCCUGCAGCUUGCCAAGACCCAAGGCCCAUCAUCAAUCAUCGCAGAAGGGUGGAGGGAAGUGCGGAGAGUGGGAAGCUCAGCCAUGCGCCAUGCCUCGCUCAGUUCUUCCUGCUCGACGGUGAACAAGUGACAGUCUAUUCGUCGAUUUGAGAGAUGAGGAAGGAGUGCUCAGUCGAGUCAUCCUCAUCAGUCUUUCUACCGCGUAAGGCGAUGAGAUUGAGUGCACAAUGCUUGGCACGGUCGGACCUCUCCUUCAAGGCUGUUAUGACAGAUGUGUGACUGAUCUGAAAUCCGGAAAGACGUAGUGAUGAAGUUGCUGGUGAGGAAUGUAUAAGGUCCAGAGAAGCAUGUAUUCUAAUUUCCUUCACUCGCUUGUAAACACCUCACACACAUCGUCCGCGACUUGCUUCCUCCCUAUCGACCAUAUUGCUUCCACCAAAAUGUCUUCGACAAACACCAGCAACAACCCCAAUCCCUCUCCUCCUUCCCCCUCUACUUCUUGCUCUCGGACAGAGGCCAAGAAGAAGUUCACCUCGCCCCUGCAAGGCCUCUUUCGCACGAAGAAGAGUCCCUCUCCCCCUGCGACGCAGCAGAAGAAUGCCCCACGUUCCUCCCUCGAUUCUGAAGUGACACUGCUCGACACCAAGAAAAGCUCCAAAUCCAAGUCUGAGGUUCGUACCACUGAGAGUGAGAGCGAGAUCGAAAUCGAAAUCGAGAGGAAGGACAGAUACAGCAGGCGCUGUGGCAGUGGCAGCGGCAGCGGCACUCGCAAUCGUACGGCAGAGGUGCCGACUAUGGCGGGCUGGGGACUCGAGGUAGGCUGGGGCCUGCUGGCUCGUGGAGCAGCAGAAGAUCUCUGCAUCCCCACGUACGGGUCCGUUUAUGCGCACACCUUUGUCCUGGGUAGAGCGACAGUGGGACUGACUACAACUCGUUCCUCUUACGACAAUGCUUUAUCUCCCUCAACAUCAUCAUCUUCCUCACCUUCGUCGGCUAUGCGCGAUUUGCAGGAGGAGAAGAAGGACUACAAGGCACCGCGCCCACCUAUGAAUUUCCACUGAGAGGAUCAGGUCGUACAAGACUACCUCGACUUCCAGGAAGAUCCUUCAUCGAUCUCAUGACCGCCAACAGCAGCUCCGACUUGGAGCAGCUCGUCU